UUUGAGGAAGUUUUCCUGUUCUUCCGCGUCACUCAUUCAUCCACGCUUAUCCUCAGGUGAAUUUAAGUUCGUGUAGCUCCAAUGGCGCGCAGGAGAGCAGUUGGCCAUGAAACUGCUGGAAAUGUUCAGUCUGAGAGAAAGAAGACUGCAGAAGAGCCUCUUCCUGUGCAGCAGGAGAAGAGGAGCUGCUGGACGACUGUAUCGUUUUUAGGGAAAAUUCUCCUCCUUGUCAUUUUCAUACCACCGUUCCUUAAUUACGCCUCGCUUCAGAGAGAAGAGCAAGAGCUCAGACCGAAAGAUGCACAGUUGAUAGAUAUAGGCUUGGACCAGAAGAUCAGCCUCAUCUGCAAAGGCCAAGGACAACCUGUUGUGAUGCUUGACGCUCCAACUGGAAUGUCGUCUGAUAUUUGGCAUCAUGUGCAAGAGAGCGUUUCACAAACCACAAAGGUUUGUGCCUAUGACCGAGUGGGCCUGGGCUUUAGCAGGAGAGCUCUGCAGAACGACACUACAGGCGUGGAGAAAGUGUGGAGAUUAUCGACCACUGGAAGGAUGGUGGACGACCUCCACCGGUUGGUCCAGGCUGCUGAGAUAGCCACGCCCUUCAUUCUGGUCGGCGCAGAACUGGGCGCGCUGAACAGCAGGUUUUAUACUCACGUCUAUGACACGCAAGUGUCGGACUUGGUGCUGAUCAAUCCCAUUCCAGAAGACGUCUUUGAAGAGGAGACGUGGCAGCAGUACUGGUACACACGCCUGGUGCCCUCAUUACAGAUGAUGCAGCUCUCUGCAGCCACGGGUGUGAGUCGUCUUCUCCUCAUCUUGCGGCUGCUGGAGCCGAGUUUCAGUGGAGACAGUGUUUCAGGAGAACUGCUCCAACGUCAGAAAUACCUCUUGAGUAACCCGGCUCAUCAGAGCAGCACCGUGGACGAGCACUACUUCCUGAACGAGAGCGCGUCUCAAGUCAGAGAGAUCUCCAAAUUCAAGCUGUUAUCUAGCAGAAUAUCAGUGAGCGUCAUCGUUGGGGACUCGUUCGACGAACAGCUCCCUGCUCACCUCAACCAAGUUUUUGCUGAUGUGCAGAGGAAGGGUUUAAAGCGAGUUUACCCUCAGGCCAAGCUCAUUCACAUUCAGGGGGUGGACCGUCACAUGAUCUCUAAAAAGGCGUCAUCGGUAAGCAAACAUUUACUGGAGCUCGUGUCAAAGAGACAAACCAAACAUGCAAUGAGGCAAUGAGACCCUGUUCAACUGCCUUCCGAACACCACCAUGUUUCCUGUUUGGAAAUCAUUUACAUUCACAGCUGUGCUGCAUCAUCGCUUUGUUUUAGGAGAAUUGUUUUAUUUUUUUUAUUUUUAAACAGCCAAAAAAAAUGCAACAUGUAUGUAUGUAUGUAUGUAUGUA